AUGAGAAUAGAGCCACAAGUUGAUGAACCAAAAGUUGAUGAAUGGUUCAAUUAUGACGUGUUCUUGAGUUUUAGAGGUGAAGACACUUGUCACGGUUUCACUUCUCAUCUUUAUAGGGCUCUAAGACAGUCAGGAAUCCACGCCUUCAUGGACGAUUCAGGGCUUGAAAGGGGAGAAGAGGUCUCUGCCUCAUUAAUGCAAGCAAUUGAAAGAUCACAAAUUGCGUUGCUAAUAUUUUCUCCAGAUUAUGCUUCUUCCAGGUGGUGUCUGGAUGAACUCGUGAAGAUAAUGGAGUGUCGACGUCGUCUAGGUCGGGUGGCUAUCCCCAUAUUCUAUGAAGUAGAUCCGUCUGAAGUUCGAAGUCAACGAGGCAGAUAUGGUGAAGCAAUUGAACGACACGAAGAAAGGUUGGGAAGGGAGAACGAUGGAGUGAUGUGGUGGAAGGUGAUGGAGUGGAGGAGCGUACUCAAGGAAGCUGCCAAGAUUUCCGGCUUUAGUUCUUCAGCAUAUCGGUAA